AUGGCAAAAUCCACUUAUGAUGAUUCUUCAGUACUUCCUGAAGCAGUAAUUUGGAAUAUCUUGAUAUGGGUCCCUGUGAAAUCCUUGAUGAGGUUCAAGAGUGUAUGCAAGUUUUGGCUCUCAAUUAUUGUUGAUCCAUCUUUCGCAAGGGUUUAUCAGGGCGGUUUCAAAGGUCUGCUUUUUAUCCAACGUUUCAGCAUCUUAUCUCCAUUCAACCCUCGUGACUUCUUCUAUUUGAAAGUUGAUGAUGAUGACACCCGAACACACAUCUCUCAUCACUACACAUUGGAUCAGCACCUGAGAAUGGCGUCCACACCGCCCGUGAAUGGCCUGGUAUGCUUUUAUGAUGGGUAUUUUUCAUGUCUGUACAACAUUGCCACCAGAGAACGUAUGGUUCUUCCUGAUUCAGACAUGGAGUCAGCAUUCUGUGUCUGCCAUUUUGGUUUUGAUCCCUCCAACGAAGUUUACAAGGUACUAAAGACAUGCCCCUCCCGAGAGGUGUUCAUUUUCACUGUAGCUGUUGAUUCAUCAUGGAGAAGUAUUCCUUUUACCUUUGACAAGAUAAAUUUGUGUGGGUCAUAUAGAACCGGUGUUCUAUAUUGGACCCUUCCGAAUGUAUGUCACAGCGAAAUUAAUUAUAGUCUUCUUUGUUUUGAUCUUACUCGAGAAGAAUUUCAAGUCAUUUCUCAUCCUCCAGGGAAGUGGUCAUAUCUAUUGCCUUUUGGACCAAACCUAGCUCUUUCAUCAUCCGAAUCGUGUUGGUCUAGUCAGUUUAAGAUCAUAAGUUCCAAGGAUGAUGGCCAUUAUAUUGCCAAUGGUGACUGUGGACAGACCUCCUCGUUGACCUGGUCAGAGCAUGUGAUUGAUCUCCCGAAACAAUCUGAAUCAGAAAAACUUUAUUACUUCCGCCCUUUGGGUGCACUCAAUGGAAAUGUGGUUCUUAUGGAUUUUGCUGCUAGUAAAUGGGACUUCCCAGUCCCGUUUUGUGUAUAUGAUCAAGCCAAGGGGGAGCUAAAGAAGCGUUACAUAGCAGACUGUGGUUCAUCCUCUAUUGCAAAGCAACGCAUUGUUGAUCAUGAUUUACAGAUGAUCGAUCUGUGGUAUUAUGAGGAGAAUAUCAUGCCAUUAAGCUGUUUAGUUUCCAAGUGA